CAACAAACUUGCUCAAAACCAACUCCGACGAAUCUCCAGAUGAGAAACAGAUAAUCCGGCAUCAACACAGCAGAUCAUCAGUAUAAUUGGAAAAGGCCGCAGAAAUUUCACAAGCCCAUCUCAGCGGAGCUUGUUUUUCCCCUCAAGACAGAGAUCGUCAGAUGAGUUGGUGCUUGUUGCGGGUCACAUUCAUCAAGCGGAGUCAUGGCCAGCGGAAAAUCAAUUGAAAUCCUCGGAAUCGAUGAAGAAGAACUACUCAAGACUUACAGACUCUCCUCUUUGAAGCCUACCAAAUGGGAGGACAUCGAUCCUUCAACCACUUCUCAGGAUGUACGCGGUCUUAGUACCCCGAAUUCGACCAAGCUCUCCAAGGGAGAAGACGAUCCACUCGGAUUAUUGAGAGGGCCAAUACUGACGGACGUGUCUGGGGACCUUCGCAGCACCGUUUCGACUACUUCCAAAACUUUCGACCCCAAGUCUUUCUUAUCCACCGUCCACCCCAACGCAAGUUUUAGCGACUUGAAAAAAGGAGGGGCCAGAUUGAGAGAAAGUUUGGAGCAGAGGAGUGAAGCCUUGAAGAUUUUGGUUGAGAGUGAAUUCGACAGGUUUGUCGCUGUUAAAGUCGCCAAUGAAGCUGUAUACGAGCAAAUGAAAGCAGGACCUUUGAGAUCAGAAUGUGACUAUGGAACGGCAGACCUUAAAGAGUCUCUUCGGCUGUGCACUUCCAAGGCUGAUCAGGUGUACACACCCCUUCUUGAGAACCGCAAAAAGGCAGAACGACUGCGAAGUACCCUUGGUGUUUUCGAACGAAGCAAAUUUUUCUUCAACCUACCUGGUACCCUCAUUGAGUCCAUCGAAGCUGAGAAGUAUGAUGCUGUCCUCUUGGCUUAUAAGCGUGGCAAGAACAUGCUGGAUUCCCGACCAGGUCAAGUUUUAAAUUUACCAGCCCCAAGUAAUCCCGAGCAACUAGCACAACAAAAACGGAUCUUCAACAAAGUCUGGUCAGAUGUCGAAAAAGUUAUCAAUGACUUCAAGUUCAACCUUCUGACAAAGUUGGCCACGUGGAAUGAUGGUUCAAAGCCUCUUGAAGAAAUUGAGAAAACGAUCGAAAUAAUAUUGGAAUUGGAUCCGAUGUCUGAUCCAGCUUGGGCUUUCUGCGAAAAUCAACACAAGUCAUUCAUGGACAAGCUAGUGCUAAUUUUCAAGGAUGCCGUUAAGAAAACCCAAGCUAUAACUGCGCAAGCAAACUCUAAAGAAUUCUCUGAAGAUUAUUUGAUUGAGGAUUUACGCAGCUGCUUGAUCGCGGUCGAACCAACUACCAUGAUGGUUUCUGAUGCUGUUGUCAAGAAUGCGGUAGGCUCUGAGAUCUGGUGUGCGAUUCUCGAAUUGAUCCGGGUGUCCUCUCAAUUGUUGUCGAAAGACCUUGCGGUGUAUUGGCACGUUGUCAAUGGCUAUUUGAAUGGAAAAUACCAACGAGCUGAUGGCAAGCUGCGCAAAGAUACGAGGUCUCGUCGAUUGAUCUCGUGCAAACAAAUGACCAACGAAAUCAUCUUCCGAUAUUCCAGCUUGUUAUCUGAAUUCUUCGUGCUCUCCUCCGAUCCCAACUCUGCAUCCAUCCGCUCACCAAUCACCCAACUACCCGAUUUCGCACCCAAGUAUGCAAACUCGAUCCAGGCCGCUUUUUACCUCAGGAAGAUCCUCGACCAUCUCACCGAAUGGGUGCAUGAAUUCAUGAACCUUGAGAUCCCCAAGGAGAGCCUCAAUUGUCUCAGAGAGUUUCUUGAUACUGCGGGGUUUAAGUUUUUGUCUACUCUUGCUACCUAUUGGGUCAAAGACGCCAAGAUUUUCCACCUUCUAGAAGAUUGGGUGCGUCCUGAGCGGAGUGAAGAUGAGAAUCAGCCGGUGGGAACGACGAUGUACUUGAAGCGGAUGUACAAUUUCCAGCGAUACAUGAUGCUCAAUUCAUACUGCUUGGCUGGUGGUAACGAGCAGGCGGGGCUUCAGAUUAUGGGCAGCCAGGGACUUGCUGACCAAUCAGCAAGCAAAUCAAAAACCAGCAGGAACUCGAUUCCAGCCAAUAGUUCGAGGAAGACUCAAGCUGCCUUCCUCGAUGGUCUGUAUGGCUUCCUAGAUGGCCUGGUACAUGUCGCAUUUACUUCUGCCAAGCCUCGACCAGGGCUGCCUGAAACUCAAUCAUCAUCCAUCGAGCUUGCUUUCACUUCAUCCCUGACGGUUGAAGAGACAGUUCCCAAGGCAGAAAAUGGGAUCGGGUUUGACGAAGAGGAGAUUGACAUUCGCUUGUUGUUGACGAUCAGUAAUCUGUCCAACUUUACGGCAGUUUACAUCCCUAGACUAUUCAAACAGUUUUCUGAAGCCUUCUCGUCGGACAUGACAAGCGAUCUAGAGACUCUGAUGGAUGUGGUUGAACAAUUGGAUGCGAUUUUGCUGGGAGAUUACAUCAAAAGAAAGGCGGAGAUCUUAUCUGAGAUCAUUCAAACCGGUGUUCUGAGUAGCAAAGUUGAUUGGCUGACGGCUCCAAAGCCGACCGGUGUGAACUCGUUUGUCUACGACGCUCUACUAACCCUGGUCUUGGUACAUUCUCAAGUCACAAGCCUUGUCGGACCGGUGCCGUCUAGCCAAAGCGGUGGUGAAUCGCUGGUAAAAGUUGUGUUGUCUAAGUUGAUUGAGGAGCUUGCUCAGGAAUGUCUAAAUGCGUUUGGGAAUGUGGAGAAGUUUGGGAUGGGCGGAAUGUUACAAGCGACAUUGGAGAUCGAAUUUAUCCAUCGAACGCUCUCGGCCUACAUCACACCUCAGGCCGACUUGAGCAUGCAAGGGAUCUACCAGAAGAUCACGAGUGCUUACCAACGAGCACCAGACCAAGCCGAACGGGAUGGGGCUAAUAACGAGCUCCAGAAGGAGCUGGAGGCCUUGAAACGUACCUUGCAUCUCUCCCGGCGGACAACCGCCUUGGCGUUCGUUUGCUUCAAGAAACCUAAGCCUGUCUCCUCCGCUUCUCCCCAUCAUGAGGAUAAUAUCACCGAGCCUGUCAUCAAAUAAACCAUACUGUUUUUCUUUUUCUUUGUUGAAAGUGUGUGUUUUUUCGUUUCAUUCUACAAGGGUGAAAACUCAUAUCCCCCAUUUUUUUUUCCCGAGCAUACCGUGUUGUCAUGUCUAUGUUGUAUUUACGUGUUGAUGGAAUUCCUU